AUGGCUCCUCCUAGGAAAAAACAGUGCCUCAGGAACCGUAAUCGGUCAAAACGACAGCAAAUGCAACUAGAACGGCAAACAGAAACUGCUGAAGAUCGACUACAAAGACUGGAACAGGUAAGAUUUUCAACGUCUGCGGCGAGACACAGAGAAACAAAUGAAGAAACAAUACAAAGACGGGAGCAGAACAGACUUUCAAUGGCUACUGCAACAGAAACAGAAACUGAUGAAGAAACAAUACAUAGACGGGAGCAGAACAGACUUUCAAUGGCUACUGCAAGAGAAACAGAAACUGAUGAAGAAACAAUACAAAGACGGGAGCAAAACAGACUCUCAAUGGCUGUAGCAAGGGAUACAGAAACUGAUGAAGAUGCAUUACGAAGGCGAACACAGAACAGACUGUCAAUAGCUUUAUCAAAAGAAACAGAAACUCAGGAAGAUACAUUACGAAGGCGACAACAGAACAUACUGUCAAUAGCUUUAUCAAGAGAAACAGAAACUGAGGAAGAUACAUUACGAAGGCGACAGCAGAACAGACAGUCAAUGGCUCUAUCAAGAGACACAGAAACUAAUGAAGAUGCAUCGCAGAGACGAGAGCAGAAUAGACUUUCAAUGGCUGCAGCAAGAGAAAGAGAAACAGAUAAUGAUAGACUACCAAGACUCUAUCAGGCAAGGCUUGAAGUGUCUACAAGAAGGUUACAAGUAUGGAGAAAUAAAGAAAAUGCAGCGUUUGGGUACUCUGCAAGUGUCGAUUAUGUCUCGGAUUCUUGGUGUAAUAUUGGGGGGAUGACAAUACAUUGUGAGCACUGUAAUGCUCUGAAAUGGAAAGAUGAAGCACGAGGCAUGUGUUGUGCGGCAGGCAAAGUGAUGUUGCCUUCAUUAGAUGAACCACCCAGAGAAUUGCGAUACCUCCUAGCAUAUCAACAUCAGGAUGCCAAGGAUUUCCAGAAGCAUAUCCGAAAGUACAAUGCCUGUUUCGCCAUGACAUCUUUCGGAGCAACUAAAGAAAUAAGAGAACACGGAUUUAUGCCCACUUUCAAAAUACAAGGUCAAGUAUACCAUCGAAUAGGAAGCUUAUAUCCAGCAAAAAAUGAACAAGAAAAAUUCCUUCAAGUCUACUUCAUUAGUGACUAUCAACAGCAUGCUGAACGAAGAUGCACAAAUAUUUCGGAUGUCAAACAAGAUAUUGUUCUGCGUUUACAAGGGAUGCUACAGAGAGAAAAUAAUUAUGUCCGGAAUUUCAAAACUGCUAUGGAAAAUAUUACCCCUGAAGCCAAAUUGGUCAUUUCGGCUGACAGAGUUCCGACCGGAGAACAUCAGAGAAGAUUCAAUGAACCGAGUACUUCAGAAGUUGCAAUUCUCAUCACUGGAGAGACACAUGCAAAGAGAGACAUCGUCUUAAAUCUUAGGGAUAGUACCAUUCAGAAGAUAAACGAAAUACAUCGGUCCUAUGAUGCCCUGCAGUAUCCAUUACUAUUCUGGAAAGGAGAUGAUGGAUAUCACUUCGAACUGAAGCAAAUCAAUCCUCAAACUGGACACCUUAUGACCAAAAAGAUUUCGGCAGUGGAUUUUUAUGCAUAUAGGAUUAUGUUUCGUCCUAAUGAAUUCAACAUUAUUUUGAGAGGGAAAGAGUUGUUUCAUCAAUAUUUAGUUGACAUGUACGCAAAGAUUGAAGCAGAAAGGCUUAGGUACAUCGAACUCAACCAACGCAAACUGAGGGUUGACGAAUAUGUUCAUCUGGGGGAUGCCCUUAGGAAUGAUGGGAACGUUGAAGACAUCGGAAAGCUCACUAUUUUGCCGUCAAGUUUCACGGGAGGGCCGCGAUAUAUGCAUGAAAGGACUCAGGAUGCAAUGACUUAUGUGCGAAGCUAUGGAAGACCAGACCUUUUCAUCACUUUCACCUGUAACCCCACUUGGAACGAAAUAAAAGAAGAACUAUUACCUGGCCAGAAACCUCAAGAUCGACACGAUCUGUUAGCAAGAGUAUUCCAUAUGAAGCAGAAGAUGUUGAUGAAUCUCAUCUCCAAAGGUAACAUAUUUGGAUCAGUACAAUGUUUCAUGUACACCAUCGAAUGGCAGAAACGUGGGCUGCCUCAUGCACAUAUUUUGGUUUGGCUGAGAGACAAGAUUCACGCUCAGCGUGUUGACGAAUUCAUCUCUGCCGAAUUCCCUAAUCCUCAAGAAGAUCCAGGUCUUUUCAACUGCAUCAGAACACAAAUGGUUCACGGGCCUUGUGGAAUCAUCAAUCCAAAUUCACCAUGA